GUGACAUUGCUCCUUCUUGUUGGCAACAGAAGUCGAUCAGUCCCAGACGCGGCGCUGCCUUUGUUUCAUCGGGAACUUGACUGGGCAGCAAAUGUUCUUGUCAUCUUCGCUGCCAAGGGCAGGCCACCUUGCCGAGAGGGCGUGGGAGUGCACUGACACCAGGCGGAUGAGGUGUGGCAGGGAGGAACAUCCCUGUGGUGGCUGACCCUGAGCUCCGCAGAUCUACACACGUGCUGUGAUACAAACAGCUGCUACUCCUCUCUGCGUCUGAGAGGGCGGCUUCCGAUGACCUGGGAUUCUGGAGCUAAGAGAAAGUGGCGGCCAGCUCUCUGUAGAGGAAUACGGUUGAUGUGUGGGGAGUGUUGGAUUGGCUUUGUGUGACCGGAUGAGCUACACGACUAAACUUGCUUUCACUCUCUCCUUGAGGGCCACGUUGCUUCGGAUGAGUAUCAGUGGGUAAACAUUUACCAUGUAAACACCUUUGUCAGCAUGUGAUUUCAAAAGGUCUCCAUGGACUUGCUGCAGGACUCCAACCAUACCAUGUGGGACCUUAAUGCCCGACUGAAGAUCUUCAUGGAGCAGGUGAACAGACUGCAGGAGGCCAACCAACAGCUGGAGGCUCAGAUCGCCGAGUGGAGCAUCAGAACCGCCUCAUGCAGCCAGAACUGGUCCGAGCAGGAGCAGACCGUCAAGGAGCUCCGAUCCCAGAUUUGUAACCUGCUGGUGGAGAACGCCCAGCUGGCAUUACAGUCUGACAACAUGAGGUCCAGAGCCAUCGCAAUCCAAGCCAGGUGUCAGACAGAGGAGAGAACCACCAGGCGUCUUGAGCAGCAAGUGGCCCUGCUCCGGGAGGCAAAGCGGAAGGCAGAUGAGAGCAGCAGGACACUGCAGGCCGAGUUCCACCGCUCCAUGACAGAGCUGCAGCAGAUGGACCAGGAGUUUGAGGCAGCCCAGGCUCUGCUGCUGCAGCGGGCCGGCUCCUGCGAUGCUCUGUUAGCAGCAGCAGGAAGGGAGGAGGAGGAUGGCACAGGGAUGGAGCUCACCCAGCUCAUCAACCACAUCAGAGUGCAGUGCGACCAGAGCAGACUUACUGGCCUGGCUGAGAGACGCCUUGGCCCGGGAACAGCCUCGGAUCCAGCUGCCGGCUUGGUGGGGCCUAGCCCAUCCGGAGGCGGUGCAGCAGCAUCUUCCAGAACACACCGAGGAGCUCUUACUGAGGAGGAGGCAGCAUGGGCGCAGGUGAGCCUUGGAGGAGCUGCGCUGAAGGAGGCACGAGCGGAGCUCGCCGAGGCCAGGAAGCAGUGGCGCUCCCUGCAGGUGGAGAUUGAAACCCUGCAUGCUUUGGAAAAGGGUCUGGAGUGUUCCCUGCAGCACACCCAGGAGCUGUACUCGAGCCAGCUGCACGACCUCUCCCAGGUUAUCGCCGGGCUGGAAAGCGAGCUGGAGCAGGUGAGGAGCGGCCUGGCCACCCAACGGCAACGCCACAGCCAUCUGCUCAACACCAAGAUGAGGCUGGAGCGAGAGAUCGGCACUUAUCGACGGCUCCUGGAGCGAGAGGAGGGCAGGUACAUGGGCCGAUGCCCCCAGCCGGUCGGUCUGCGGCCCUGGAGGUCCCCCGCGUCGGAGCCGAAGGAAAACGGGACGGAGAACAGCUUCAGCGACUCCGCUGUCACUCCGGACGAGCCGAAAUCGGAACCUCUGCCUGAUAUCCCGUCGCUCCUUCCUGCUGACGAAGGACCGAAGAAGAGCAAGCUGUACAGACAGCGGAGCCUGGUGAUCCUCACAGAGCCGGAGCUGGAUAAAGACCUGCCGCUGUCCACUGUGAAGACUCAAGAGAUUCUUCAGGGCAACGUGGUGCGGGAGAGCGCCGAAGGUCACGGCACCAUCGAGACAGAGAAGAUUGACAAGGUGAUCAAGGAGUGGGAGGGCUCCUUCUUCAGAGGGAACCCCAAGCUGAGGAAGAAGUCUGUGUCGCUGCGAUUUGACCUCCACAUGGCCACGGCAGACGAGGGCUGCGCCCAGACCAAACAGGACAGCCUCCCUGACGUGGAGGUGCGCCUCAUCAUGAAAAGGUCCCGCAGCAUCUCGACCAUCACGCAGUGACCCUCUGGCUUUACGAACAUGGUUACAUGUGGUAACAUGCGGUGAUUUGGUGGUAACGCCAGAGACGGCGAGGAUGCGGAGGGAGCCGCGGCGAUCCCCGAGCCUCUAGGUCGCAAACCAUCCAUUGCCAUCAUGCUUUCAAAUGCGACAUUCACUAAACGUAGCAUCACUGAAUUGAUGUGACCCGUCAGAUCCUGGCUCUGGCAGGUUAAGUGUUACGGUUGAGGCCUUUGUGGUGACUGUUUUCAUAGCGCCGGAGAGAAUUGUAAUCUCUGCAGUAAAAUGUAAACUAUAUUGCUACGUCAUCCGGCUCAGACAAAGAGAAAGUGUGUCUCACUGCUUGGGACUUUACUGCAUAAGAGACAUUACAGACUAACACUGAAAUUUAAUCCCAUUUAAACCUGGGCUGGCCUGAAGGUAGGAGGAGAUUAACGGAAGCAGAUCUGCAGAUCAAGCAGCAACAAGCAUGAAAAGAAUAUGUGUCCAAAUUACUCACACGUCUUUAUGUAUUUCCCCACGUCAUGAGCAAACCGGGCUAAAAUCUCUUUAUUUAUUCUUCAUAAUCUAAGAGGUACCGCUGUAUGACCCGUCUCACAAUAUUACAUAAUGGGGAGUGGCGGCCUAGUGGUUAGAGCAGGUUGCUUGCAUCCUGGGAAGGCUGCAGGUUCCCUGGUUUGAAUCCCACAGACUGCCGCUCUGGGUGCCUGAGCAAGACCCUUGGCCCUAGAAUGCUCCCCAGGGGCCACACAGUGACAGCCCACUGCUCCCUAAGGGAUGGUUAAAUGCAGAGGGCACAUUUCUUUGGAAUGUAUGUUGCAAUAGCAAAAAAUAAAAUUAUAUUAUAUAUGAAAAGGCAAGAGGAUUACAGUAUAAAACAUGCACUUUUAUCCUUAACAUAAGAGGUGGGACAAAAUGUCAUCGGCCUUCUUUGGGUGUUCAAGUAAUUUAUAUUUAUGAAUGAACCAUAUAAAUUUUAAUUAUUAAAACAAGGCCAUCUUAACGGAUUUUGCUACUCCUCAUGAAGUUGUUGACCUUUGUUGAAGAUGUUGACUUUGGCAGCCAAAUAACCUUAGUAUUACAACAUUAACAGGAUACCCCAGCACUUUUGCUUAGUUUUUGUUAGUUUUAUUGUUGAAAUGGAUCCUUUUAAUAUGUCUAUCCAUUAAUCUUUUUUUUUUUUUUGUUUGCUGAAAAAGUCUUCUAGUGGAAUACUACUAUAUCUUUGGUUAUUUAUCGUAUAUUGUGCCAUACGGUGAUUUCCAUCGCUAGUCAUUGCAGCUUUACUCAGCAGUCCAUUUCAAGGGAAAGGAAUAAUCAAACAGUAAAAUUUAUAGAAAGAUUAGUCUGCCUUGUUUAUGUAGUGUAUUUGGUUUGACGAAAAUAGAAACAAUAACUACAAAUUGUAACACAACUGAAACAUAAAUGUCCAAAAUAUUGUAAGAUUACAUUUACUUACAGAAAAGGAGCCCAGCCACACAUCAAAAGACACAACAGUGUCAGAUUUCUCUAGUUUGGCACCAGUGCUUAUCUUUAUCUGAGUCGUGAGCUGAUUUGGCCUAGAAAAUACUGUACUGCUCGAGUGACCAAAUAGGCCUCUUAUCGGGAUUUUAACUACUUUCCUUUUUAUUUCAGUUCAGGCUUGUAGCUCUUUGUUGUUAUAUAUGUUUUCAUGUUCUGGGGACAGUCACGUAUAUGUUGUCCUAAAUAGCAUUUUUACCGCCAUCAGCAUUCACAACUGUCAGCAGGAUUCCUGUCUAAGCCAUCAGUGCAGUGGUUUUGGAAAACAGUGAGUAGUGAACGGAAGCAGCUGAAAGUCUCACUUUUCAACACAUAAUGUAACGGCUUAUCCGUGCAGGGUGCCCAAAUCCAGUAAUCAUUGGGUGCGGGGUGCGGUACACCCCAAACAGGGCCACAUAGAGGUGAACAGGACAGUCAACCAUGGCCACACACGCUCACAUCUAAAGGUACUCUUAGAGAGACCAAGUAACCUAAAAGUCAUGGUUUUGGACUGUCGGAGGAAACCGGAGUACCCCGGAGAACCCACUCCUUAACAGGGAGAACAUACAAAGCCCAAGCAGAAAGACCCGAGGUAGGGAUUCGGACCCAGGAAGUAGUUGCUACAUGCAAACAAUGCUAACAACUAUGCCACCAUGCAGCCCACUACGAUGACGUCUAACUUUUCUUAACAUAACAAGUCCAUGUUUUUCUCUUGAGGGAUAUAAUCUCACUACAGUAAUAUAGAUUAGAAAAUGUAACCCAAAGACAUCUGCCACACCCUUCAAACUGUAUAAAUUCAUCGACAGUUGCCUUUCUCGCUUCAUUCUUUUUUUCUCUGAGAAAUAACUUUUAGACAACACUACGCACGGCGCAAGGGCGGGGUACCAAAACACUGACAUACACUGUGUUGUUCAUUUGGCUCAGAAACUGAGAAGAAAAAAACAAGUUACCGUUGCAGCUAAUUAAUUUAUGUCAAAUGGAGAGACUGUUUGGUGGCUGACAAGGUGCGCCUCCACUCUUAUGAAAUCCACCCUCUUUUCCUGCGUAACAGCAGCUUUGGGGAAAGCAGAAACGCUCCCACCAUUCUUUUAUGUUGUAUUACCGUUAAAGCAGCCACACGUACAUUUAAAAGAGGCCUUUUUUUUUCCAAGAAAACAAUCUAUCCUCUGUUUACAGCAGUUUUUAAUAAUUUAACUGCUUUGAUAAACCUGCCUCUAAAAUAUGACAUUGCGCUGUAGGUUUCUCUGCAAGUCCAUUAAGCAGUGUUUUCUUUACAUUUUUUUAUAAUUGCUUAUAGAUUGCUUCUAUUUUGCAAAUUUACAUGUGUGUUUUAGGUAAAAAAAAAAAAUUCUUGCGGAGCUAAAUUAAAUAGCAUAUUGAGGAUGGAAAUUUUCAUCUUCCUACUUAUGUUAAUAAAAAUAACUUUGAAACAAAAUUUCUUUUUGAAAUAAACAAAACAGAGUUUACUAGAGGAGAAAUACUAGCUGAUUUAUUUCUGAAGUCAAGCGUCCCUGUCAUUUCUUUUCCUGGUUACAGUAAAUACAGCAAGACUGGAGGUGUGGUUGGGAAAGCGAUGGUGAGGCUGGGAUAGUCCUGUCAUAUCACAGUAGCUCUGACUGAAAUAUUUCCAGCUCUAUAGACUUAAAAAAAAUUAAGCAUAAUGAAGAAUUUCCUGACCGAGUAAUUUGCCUACAGUCCUGAAACACGUUGCACUGCAAAUCAACAUGAGCACAUAUGAAUGUCUGCAAUGAAGGACAUACAGAGUUUGAACGCUUUGACUGAUGCAGGUCAUUCUCAGACUGAUAAUUGUAGAUAUUAUGAACCACUGUGAUCUUAAUAUUAACAGCAGCGUGACUUUUAGUACUUUUCUGAGAAUUUAGCUUCCCCAUUUUCACCAGUAGAGGGCAGCGUUCAUUAAGAGUUACCACUGCAACGACUUCAUCUUGCUGCAUCUGUGCCACCUUAGAUUUAGAGUUUUUAUGCUAUAUUUUGAGUUGACGCCAAAGAUGUUUUAAAAAAAUAAAUAUAUAUAUAUUAGGGCCUAUAAGCAGUACGUUGAGGUCCUUCAAGGGUUGUUUAAAAUAUGAGAAUCUAUCUUAUCUAUGCAGUCCUGUGCUUGAUUUUUGCUCUGCUUUAAAGAGGCACACUCUAGAGAUUUAUCAUUUCAAAUAAAGAAGAAAAAAAUGCAGAGACUGGUGUGUGUUUUUGUCUUUUAAAUAUGUGCACAAAAGCAAUUAAA